GGACUAUGUUUUCAAUAGCGGAUGGAUAUUGUCACAUGACGCUUCUACGUCACAACGUUUUCUUUGUAUAAAUACAAUACAUGAACUUUAUUGAACAUAGACGCAAGAAGAAAUUAUUAAAGACAAUUUCGUGGAGUUUUCUUUGAGGUCAAUCGUGCAAAGAUGCAGAUCUUCGUGAAGACCCUGACAGGCAAGACCAUCACCCUCGAGGUUGAGCCAAGCGACACCAUUGAUAACGUGAAGGCCAAGAUCCAGGACAAGGAGGGCAUCCCCCCAGACCAGCAGAGGCUGAUCUUUGCCGGCAAGCAGCUAGAAGAUGGCCGCACCCUCUCAGACUACAACAUCCAGAAAGAAUCCACCCUCCAUCUUGUGCUGCGUCUCAGGGGAGGCAUGCAGAUCUUCGUGAAGACCCUGACAGGCAAGACCAUCACCCUCGAGGUUGAGCCAAGUGACACCAUUGAGAACGUGAAGGCCAAGAUCCAGGACAAGGAGGGCAUCCCCCCAGACCAGCAGAGGCUGAUCUUUGCCGGCAAGCAGCUAGAAGAUGGCCGCACCCUCUCAGACUACAACAUUCAGAAAGAAUCCACCCUUCAUCUUGUGCUGCGUCUCAGGGGAGGCAUGCAGAUCUUCGUGAAGACCCUGACAGGCAAGACCAUCACCCUCGAGGUUGAGCCAAGUGACACCAUUGAGAACGUGAAGGCCAAGAUCCAGGACAAGGAGGGCAUCCCCCCAGACCAGCAGAGGCUGAUCUUUGCCGGCAAGCAGCUAGAAGAUGGCCGCACCCUCUCAGACUACAACAUUCAGAAAGAAUCCACCCUUCAUCUUGUGCUGCGUCUCAGGGGAGGCAUGCAGAUCUUCGUGAAGACCCUGACAGGCAAGACCAUCACCCUCGAGGUUGAGCCAAGCGACACCAUUGAGAACGUGAAGGCCAAGAUCCAGGACAAGGAGGGCAUCCCCCCAGACCAGCAGAGGCUGAUCUUUGCCGGCAAGCAGCUAGAAGAUGGCCGCACCCUCUCAGACUACAACAUUCAGAAAGAAUCCACCCUUCAUCUUGUGCUGCGUCUCAGGGGAGGCAUGCAGAUCUUCGUGAAGACCCUGACAGGCAAGACCAUCACCCUCGAGGUUGAGCCAAGCGACACCAUUGAGAACGUGAAGGCCAAGAUCCAGGACAAGGAGGGCAUCCCCCCAGACCAGCAGAGGCUGAUCUUUGCCGGCAAGCAGCUAGAAGAUGGCCGCACCCUCUCAGACUACAACAUCCAGAAAGAAUCCACCCUCCAUCUUGUGCUGCGUCUCAGGGGAGGCAUGCAGAUCUUCGUGAAGACCCUGACAGGCAAGACCAUCACCCUCGAGGUUGAGCCAAGCGACACCAUUGAGAACGUGAAGGCCAAGAUCCAGGACAAGGAGGGCAUCCCCCCAGACCAGCAGAGGCUGAUCUUUGCCGGCAAGCAGCUAGAAGAUGGCCGCACCCUCUCAGACUACAACAUCCAGAAAGAAUCCACCCUCCAUCUUGUGCUGCGUCUCAGGGGAGGCAUGCAGAUCUUCGUGAAGACCCUGACAGGCAAGACCAUCACCCUCGAGGUUGAGCCAAGCGACACCAUUGAGAACGUGAAGGCCAAGAUCCAGGACAAGGAGGGCAUCCCCCCAGACCAGCAGAGGCUGAUCUUUGCCGGCAAGCAGCUAGAAGAUGGCCGCACCCUCUCAGACUACAACAUUCAGAAAGAAUCCACCCUUCAUCUUGUGCUGCGUCUCAGGGGAGGACCUUAAGUUUCCCCUGCUUUUUUCAAAAGUGACCAAAUAUAUUUUAAUUCUUCAAGCCAUAAAGGCAAAAUAAAGGUAUUUAGUUAA